AUGGCGAUCGCGGAGCAGCCUACGAGCCCGGCUUUCACGCGCCUGCCCAACGAACUGCUCAACAUGAUAUUGGAGCAGAUGGCGAUAACCUCGAAGGGAUACUGGCGUAUUAUCAAUGACUACCCCACCCUGAAGAACCUCCGCCUAGCGUGCAGACAAUUUGCUUACCUGCCCAUGGUCUUGGACAUGCUCUUCAACACUGUGCGCCUCGUUGCUUCUGCGGAGCACGUAGAACACGUAGCUAAAACGGAUCUUUCGAUGCUAAAGCAGUAUGUGAAGAGCGUAACUCUCGAGCCAACCAAGGAGAGCUGGGUGACAAAGCGCGAGCUCUUCGACGACAUAGUUCUCGUAAGGCCAUUUUACGUAGCCCUAGAUGCAUUUCAUGAUGAAAUCCGCAUAACAGGAGGGUAUAGGUCGUUUCAAGAGGGAAAUACCAAGAAAGCGAAGGAACUCAAGGAUUUGGGUGUCAGGGCCUUUACCGAGAAACAUUUGCCCCAGGGUCAAGCGCUGUUUUCGGAGGAGGAGCUGGCGGCCGGAUACGAAGCGUACAUGUCUCGUGCCAAUGCAGCGAAGGCCGUGCUUGAAAGUGGGCAGCUGGCAGCAACAUGGGCGAAGGCGUUGAGCCAGCUGGACCGUGUAGAGGGUGUUUCGGUCAGUUACUGGGAUUUCGACGAUGAUAUCUCAAAACAUCAUGUUAGCACCCAGGGGAAAAGCUGGAAAGAGUUGGGACCGGUGGUGUAUGGGCAUCAUCACCCGCAUGACCGCUCUCCUCACAAUGAGACGCACUGUAGGAAGGUGCAGGCGCCGGUAGGGGAGGCGUUGUUCGAUGCCGCAUUGGAGAGUCUGGCUACCUCCACAACGAAAAUCAAGCUGCUGACCAUCGAUUGCUACGGCACAGGCGAGUUCGCAUGGGCGGACAACGUACGCGUCGCGGGCUUGGACUUGUGUGUGACGCCUCAGCCAUUCACCCUUGGAGUAGAUGCUAACCAGCCUCACAGCACCAAGCUCACUCACCUCACCUUCAACCCGCGCGCCGAAGAACUCGGCGAAUCUCUCUCCUGGGAUGGCGACCGGACCGCAGCUGUCGAGACCCGCAGCGGCAAAGCGAUUAGUGCACUCCUCCAGCGCUGUGCAGCGUCUCUCACAGACUUGGACCUGCUCACUGGCGCCUCCUUCUGCCCGAACGUGUGGCCGCCGCAGGAUGUGGACGUGAAGGACCUCCCGGACCUCCCCUUGCUGACCAACUUGGCCACGGCCACCACACUCAAUCUCGACAGCUUCCCCGCUUGGCUGCAGACCAAGUGUCGAGCGCUCACGCGGCUGCAGCUGCAAACGUGUUUUGGGCGGGGCGCGAGCUCGUGGCGGGCUCUCUGGGACGCCAUACGGUACCACCCCAAUCGCAUGCAGCUGGACUUCGACCAGAUCCCGUGCAAUGACGCGGCGGAGAUUAGUCUGAGUCACUACACAGGGGAGGCGAGCACCGAGGAAGAGGACGAGGAUCCAUGGAUGGAUAUUGACCGUAGCUUGUGCAAUUAUUUGAGUGACAAGGGGGAGUGGAACAGGAGUUGUAGGGAGUGGUUUGGGGAUGGAGGGAGCGACGAUGAGGAGGAUAGUGAAGACGACGAUGACGAAGGCGACGAUGGAGACGAGAACGGUGAUGGAGACGAGAACGGUGAUGGAGACGAGAACGGUGAUGAAGACGAAGAGAUGGGGAGUGGCGGUGACGACAAUGAUGAUUCGGAGGGCAAUUGA